GCUCGGGCAAGGACUUAGCAAUGCUGGCACCUGGCAAGGUGAUCGGUGCACUUGUGGCUUAGAGAAGCGUGAUAUUUUUCCGAGCAACCAUAUAAAUUCACCACUACCGCUGCUAGCUGUGCACCCACACAAGGCUGGUAAACAGCUCAAUGGCCUCACCCACCACCACCACCACCAACACAAUGUCUCCCCGCAUUCCCGUCAUCUUCCUACUAAUCCUACUCUCAUCCGUCUCGUAUUCUUCUCCCAGUCCGACCAACGGCAGCGACACCGACCUCGCCGCCCUGCUGGCUUUCAAAGCCCAGCUCGCCGACCCUCUCCGCAUCCUGGCCACCAACUGGACCCCCGGCACCUCCUUCUGCCAUUGGGUCGGUGUCUCAUGCAGCCGGCGCAGACAACGCGUCACCGCUCUGUCGUUGCCGCAUGUACCUCUUGUUGGAUCUAUCGCACCUCACGUCGGUAACCUCUCUUUCCUCUCCAGUCUCAACCUCACCUACACCAAUCUCACUGGCUCCAUCCCAGUUCAACUGGGUAGGCUACACCGUCUUAGAUAUCUCGGUCUUCAAGGGAACAGCCUAUCCAAUGGCAUACCUGCCGCCCUAGGGAACCUCACGAGGCUUGAGAUUAUGGGUCUUGCUUUGAACCAAUUGUCAGGCCAAAUCCCUCCUAAGAUGCUCGUGCAUAUGCACAACCUUAGGAAGAUCUCUCUAGCCAGAAAUGACUUGAUUGGCCAAAUACCAUCGAAUUUGUUCAACAACACACCUUCCUUGACGUUCAUCCAUUUUGGAAAUAACAGUCUAUCAGGUCCUAUACCGCACUCCAUUGCAUCCCUAUCCAUGCUUGAGUACCUAGUACUAGAGGUUAAUCAACUGUCGGGAACAGUACCACGGGGCAUGUACAACAUGUCUAUGCUGCGAGGCAUAGCACUCUCCCGAAACAGUAACCUAACGGGCGGAACGUUUCCAAACAAUCAAAGUUUCAGCCUCCCAAAGUUAGAAUAUUUUGGGUUGGCUGGUAACAAUUUUUCCGGUCAGUUUCCAUCAGGGCUUGCAUCAUGCCAAUAUCUACAAGUAAUGUUUUUGUCUGGAAAUUCUUUUGUGGACGUCGUGCCAACAUGGUUAGCCAACUUGUCCAACCUCGAAAAGCUUUAUUUGGGUUUUAAUCACGUUAUUGGAUCGAUCCCGGUGGCCCUAACCAAUCUCACAAAACUUACUAUACUAGAACUCCAAAACAACAAUCUAACCGGGGAGAUUCCACCAGAAUUAAGUCUUAUGCAAGAACUCACAUCACUGCAUCUUACAGGCAAUCAAUUGACAGGUGAAGUUCCAGCUUCCCUCGGUAACUUAUCCAAAUUGUCUUACCUAUCUUUGCGGGGAAAUCACUUGUCUGGCCAAGUACCACCAACACUUGGAGAAAAUACAGCUCUGUACUGGCUUGAUUUGUCACAAAAUAAUUUCGUGGGAAACCUAGACUUUUUCUCGGACCUUUCCAAGUGCAGACAACUCCAGACACUUUAUCUAUAUGGAAAUUCUUUCACAGGCUUCGUCCCUAGCAGUGUUGGGAAUCUCACUUCACUAGUCACUUUUGGUCUAGGUUACAACAAGUUAACAGGCGGACUUCCGGUAGCAAUUUCAAACAUAAGCAGCCUUGAAUGGAUAGAAAUCUCUAACAACCUAUUAACCAAGCCAAUCCCACAAUCUGUAGGUAUGUUGGCGAAUCUCAUGCUGCUUGAUGUAUCUUACAAUGACAUGUUAGGCCAUUUACCAAUACAGAUGGGUAUGCUCGGGACUCUAGAACAGUUGUUUCUCCAAUCAAAUAAGUUCUUGGGCUCUAUACCAAACAACUUCGGUAAUCUUAGUAACUUAGAAUACAUUGACUUGUCUAAGAACCAGUUAAGUUCAGCAAUACCUGCAAGACUUUUCCACCUAGAUAAACUUAUUGAAAUAAAUCUUUCUCAUAAUUCUUUUGUUGGUAAACUACCGGCUGAUGUUUCUAGUCUAACUCAAAUAUAUCAAAUAGACCUUUCUUCCAAUCUCUUGUUAGGAAGCAUCCCAGAAUCAUUCGGGGAACUUACGAUGCUAAUUUACCUAAAUCUAUCAUGUAAUGCCUUCAAAGGCUCAAUUCCGGGUCCACUCAAAAAACUAAAAGACUUAGCAUCAUUAGACCUCUCAUAUAACAAUCUAUCUGGUACUAUUCCCAUGUUCCUUGCCAACUUUACCUAUUUGGAAAUUUUGAACCUCUCGUAUAAUAGACUAGAAGGACCAAUACCUGAGGGAGGUGUUUUCUCAAACCUCACAUUGCAAUCUCUUAUUGGGAAUGCUGGGCUAUGUGGUGCUCCACGACUGAGAAUUUUACCAUGCCUUGAAAGUUCUCACCCAAAUUAUAGACACUUGUUGAAAUUUAUACUCCCAACACUCACAUUAGCUUUUGGCUCCAUUGCCAUUUACAUGUACAUAUGGUUCAGAAAGAAAAUUAAGAGAGGAGAAGACAAAGCUUAUGUUGAUCCAACUGAUGUAGUAGGCCAUCAAAGAGUCUCAUAUCAUGAGCUUGUUCGCGCCACCAAUAGUUUCAGUGAAGAAAAUAUCUUGGGAUCCGGAAGCUUUGGAAAAGUCUUCAAGGGGCAAAUCAGCAGUGGGUUAGUGGUCGCAAUAAAAGUUAUUGACAUGCAGCUAGAGCAUGCCAUCAAAAGUUUCGACGUGGAGUGUCGAGUGCUUCGUAUGGCGCGACACCGCAACCUGAUAAGGAUACUUAACACAUGUUCCAACCUUGACUUCAGAGCACUAGUGCUUCAAUACAUGCCAAAUGGCAGCUUAGAGAUGCUCCUUCACGGGUCUGAGAGUACAAGAAUGCACUUGGGAUUCCUUGAGAGACUAGGGAUCAUGCUCGAUGUGUCGAUGGCCAUGGAUUAUCUACACCAUGAGCACUACGAGCUGGUAUUGCACUGUGAUUUGAAGCCUAGCAACGUGUUGUUUGACGAGGAGAUGACGGCGCAUGUGGCGGACUUUGGCAUUGCAAGGUUGCUUCUAGAUGACAACUCCAUGACAAGUUCGAGCAUGCCUGGAACCAUUGGGUACAUGGCACCAGAGUACGGAUCACUUGGAAAAGCAUCACGGAAGAGCGACGUAUUUAGCUACGGGAUAAUGCUCCUUGAAGUCUUCACCGGAAGGAGACCGACCGACAGUAUGUUCGGUGCGCAACUAACCCUUAGGCAAUGGGUUCAAUGGGCACUUCCUACAGAUCUUGUCCAGGUUGUUAGUGGUAGCCAGCUAUUGCAAGACCCCUCUCUUUCUAGCUGCAGCUUGGACGAUGGCUUUCUCGCGUCGGUGUUUGAGCUUGGUUUGCUCUGCUCCAGCGAGUCACCGGACGAGAGGAUAACAAUGCGUGAUGUGGUUGUGACGCUGAAGAAAAUCAAAGCUGAGUACAUCAAACGGAUAACAACAACGACCUCACGCAGCGUGCACAAUGAUUGAUCCCCUUGUUGCUUGCUACCAUCUCAUCUAUAACUAUGCAUGUUCGGACUCUUCAUUGGGUUGUACAGUAUUAUAUAUUGGCCUUUAGUACAGGGCCCUUCUGCUAAAA